AUGGAAGAUCGUGAUGAUGGUAUCGGAUCGGAAAUAAAUACUCCAAGAGAUGUGCAACAUGCCGAGGGAAUACAUCACAGUUCUGCGCAGGAAAAGGAGAAUAUGAAUGAAGUGGGUAAUGUAGUCGCGUCACAUCCAUCAUCAUCGAUUUUUCCGAAUAGUUCAACACCAGUCAGACCACAGACUCAGCAAAUUUUUCAACACAUGCCGAAGAUAUCGCCAAUUGAAAGAGUUUCAUCAGCAAAAUGUGUACAGAGUGACACGACAACUGUUUUGGACUGUUCAGGAGGUGAAACGAGCAAUACAGUUUCUGGUGAUAAGCACUACACGAAAUUAGAUUUGGCUGUGAUGUUGCGCGACAAACACUUGGAAUGUAUCGAGCUAGAGGGAGAAAAUGAGCGGUUGUCAAAGUUAGUGGAAAAGCUUACAAAUGAAAAUCAUCAUUUUCAAGAUCAGGUUUCUUUCGCGAAAGGCACUGCCGCAGAAGCAGAAAAAUUAAAGGAAAUUGCGAAAGAAAAUGAAGUAAAGUUCAUGAAAUGUCAACAUCAGUUACGAAUGGCAGAACAGAAAUUAGCACUUUUAGAGAAUAUUACAAUUGAUAUAGAAACAGAUAAGAUGCCUCCUGCAGAAACACUCAAAAAGUUGCAGGAUGAGAAUAUAGCAAUGCAAGCAAAAAUUUCAGAGCUUAAAUUAGAGCUGGAAAUAGAGAAGGAAGCAGAAAAAAAUGCUGAAAUCUGGAGAAAAAGAUAUGAUGUCGCAGAAAAUAGCAUAGAAAAAAUGCACGGAAUGAAGACUGAGUUAGAAAAACAGUUAGAAAAUAGACGAAUCGAAAUUGACAUUUUGAAUCGAGAAAAAAAAAGUUGCGAAGAAGAAUGCAACAAAUUCAAAGAUUUAUGCAAGGAAAAUGCUGGAAAAGUUGCUGAGUUGCAGAAACAGCUACAUGUAAUUGAGGAAAAAUUUAGACAUUUACAAGAACAGGAUUCGAAAGUUGCUGGACUGGAGCAAAAAUUGGAAACGGAGAAGAAAGCUUGGGAGAACGAACGUGAACAUUUACAAAAAGAAAAAUCGGGGCUCGAAAAACGGAUUGAGCAACUUGCACUCGCCAAUUAUGCAUUAUCAAACGAGAAGCAGGCAUUGCUUGAAGCUGACAACAAAGGUUUAAAAGAUUUGGCUACAUGGCAGGAGAAAAGUGGGAAACUUGCAUUGCAAAAUGCACAGCUUGCUGAUGAACUAAAAAAAUAUCGUGAUAUGGAUUUACGAUUAGCAGAAUGCCUAGAUGAAUUAACAAAGAAGGAUUCAUUAAUUGAAGAAUUGAACGGAAAAAUUACCAAAAGCAGCAAUGAUCUGAAAAGAUUUCGCGAUGAAACUAUUUAUUUGAGAACACAACUGAGUGAAAAAACAAACAAAAAUAAAAUUGAAGAAGAAUGGGCUAUGGAAAAGGAAAAAUUACUCUCUGAUUGUGAACACUUGAAAGAAGAAAUCGCAAAAAGUCACACUUUGGUGGAUCAAAUUGCAACUGAAAAGCAGAAAAACAGUGAAUUGACAUCACUGAUGGAGAAGCGUGACAUGGAACUUGACAAAAUUCGAACUCUUGUGGAUAAAAAGCAGAAACGGAUAGAAGAUUUGAUGGAAGAAAAAGCAGAUCUGAAACAUGAAAAUAUGUGUUUAAAGACAGCAGUAGAUGAAGUCAAGACGGAAUAUGAUACUUUCCGGAGUCAAGCCGAAGUUCAGUAUCAGUUAGAAACCGCGCAACUAAAUCAAAUGAUCGAGGAGAAAGAUGAACGUCUAGAACGUCUGCAUGCACGGAUUGCUUUGUUCGAAUCUUAUCCUGGACAGAGCAGCACUGUUUUUUCUUGCUCAGCUAAUGCAAAUAGCUGCGCAGAUUCUACUGUAUGGAAUGCGCUUCCUGCUACCAUACGUUUACAGCUGUGUGAACUGAAAGAAAAAUAUCAAGAUCUCAAUGCUUUUAUGUAUCGAAUGAUGUCAGAUCCAUCGGCAAAACAGGAUGCCACUAUCACGAAGAUUAUGGAGAAUAAAUCAACGGACUGCUGUGACUUAGCCUCACCUGAGGAACUAUCACAUUCAGAAUUAAUGAACAGAAGUGAUUCACCCCUAGUAGUAUGUGAAGCUGGAUCAAGUUUUGAAUCAUCAGGAAGCCUGACUGAUACAACGCAGCUGGAAGGAAUAAGAGAAACCAGAGACAUAUUACUUUUAAUACUCGAGUCUGUUCGUCAUGCAGAGAUUCGUAGUAAACUUAGUCCCAACAUACAACAAUUAUUGGAGAAUCUUCUAAUUGAUAUACAGAAAGGCGAUAAAUCAGUGGAACAAAUUAGUGGAACGGUGAAUCGUUUUUUUGCAAAUUUGGAUUUGGCACUACGAAAAACACUUUCUGCGUCGGAUGACAAUAGAGUUAAAUGUGAAAAGCUAGAGAAAUUGUGUACGGAGAUGACUGCUGACCUUCAUUAUGUUCGAGACGAACUUCGCUCUGCUCUGAAUAAGUGCUCGAUAUAUGAAGGAAACAUUGACAGCUUAAAACUACAGUUCAGUCAUGGAAAUCAAAAGUGUGCUGAAUUACAUGGGAAAUUAAAGCGAGCUUUUGAAGAAAUUGACAAUUUAACCAAAGAGAAAGAUGAUCUUAAUGUUGUUGUAAAAGAAACAAAAGCAAUAUUAAAACAUAAAACAGAUUUGGGUUUCCAAGCGGCGCAUACCAUUAAGUGUAUAAAAGACGAAUUGCAAGAAGCAAAAAAAUUUGAAGACCAGAUGAAUCAACGUUUGCGUAAACUGUGUAAGGAAAAAGAAAAAGUGAAGCAACUCUUAAGUGAACGGGAUCUUGACGUUGUUAAACUCGAGUAUCGCCUUGUCGAAAGAACUAAUGAAUGCACAGCAACAGCAUCUAAGUUGCAACAAGCCGAAAAUAAAAUAGAUGCAUUGCAAAAACAGAAUGAAUAUUUGAAAAGAAAAUAUGAUAAACGAGAAAGUUUCCUUGAAGAAAUGGAAGCAAUUCUUAGAGUUAUGAAAGUUCGCUGCGAAGGACUACAAGAAGCUAAUCAACUACGGCAAAACUUAAUUGAGAAGCUGAAAAAACUUCUUGUAAAACUGGGCUUUAAUUUGGAUAAUCCGCGUUUGAUCAAUGGCAAAAGAUUCAGUGCCUUUGAGAGUAGUGCAGUAAAAUUAAUGAGAAAAUCCAAAAUGCACAUGCGGCCAUCCUAUCUGGAUCGACUGAAAUUGGCGAAGAUUGCGCAACAUCUCGAGAAGGAUACUGUCAAAAUAGAGGAACUGGAGAAAUGUCGGAAUAGUGAUAUUGUGCAUAUUCCAUCCUGGCGCAGUCUGAACACAGUUUCGGUAUUAUCUGCUGACAGUCGCGCUGAUGGGAUGCAGAAUAUUGGUGUUAUUACUGGAGGUACUGGUCAAACAAGUCACGCCGUUUCUGAAAAUGGUUUUGAUAUGCUGUAA